AUGGUGGAAGAACUGCAGAGAAUUGGAAAAAAGUUCGACGUGAAUCAGUAUACUGGACAAUUCUGGGACCAAUUUCCCGAAGAUAUCUGGUUCAAUCAUGAUGAUGUCUCCGAUAACUCGAAUUAUGUUGAGUAUUUAACUCACAUUGUUGGACUGAGCACUACUUGUACCGCCGAUACGGAUGAUUGCGAUCUUAUUGAUUCCGAUAGUGUCGACAAGUGCAAGGGCGAAGGCUCAGGUCUCGCGUUCGAUGAUUGGACCCCAGCUGUCUAUUUCAUUCUCGAAGCACUGCAGAACUUUCACAGCUGGCAAUCCUCUAUGUAUCAGAAUGUCAUGGAGCUAGGAACCCUGAUGACAUCGCGCUCUGCAGAGAUUGUGACUGAUUUCACACACCAUGAUGUCAGUAAUGAUGGUCUGAGUGACGAUUCUGCCCAGAUGGGCGCUGCUAUGGGAAUGUUGGGUGCCAUUCUUUCUGCCUGUGGCCCAUGCUCGGCAGCUGUUGGUGCUGGAUCUUCUGCCAUCUCAAUGGGUGCUGGCCUCGCGACUGCGGCUGAAGAGGCGGCCACUGAUAUUCUUCAGACAGAAUUUACCAACAUGGGUUCUCUCGAAAAAUCCCUUUCAAGUGCCGUGACUGCUAUAUCAGACACAUUUCGAUCUCUUGGCAAGAGUGUUCUUGAAACUAAAGUCACCUCAAUGGGUAAAGACUUCCAAAAUUACCCUAAUAGUGCUCCUAGCGUGCUUCAAAAAGGAGCUUUUGCGGAGCCGUGGUCUUCUGAUGAUUGGGACAAUGCGAAGGAGAAUGUCAAGAAAUAUUUCGCUGCCUCCGCCAUCAACUCGGUUUGGGGAACUGAACAGGUCUUUAUCGUCAAGGGUAAAAGUGGGAAGGUAGAUGGGAAACCUUUCAAAUCUUUCCCGUUCGAGGGUGAACUCCUUGUCGAUGAUGCUCGAGUUUGUGAGGAAGGUGAUGAUCCCACUUGCUACAUUUUCAUGAUCGCACAGUCAAUCCACAAUAUCGGACAUCACUGGCUUAACCCUAUCGGUCUUGACAAGCUCGGCGACUAUGAUCUUGAUCUGCUCAAGUUUGCUCAAUCGGCCGAGUGGUUCCAAAACACUUAUGGUGCUUAUCUCCAGAAUGCCACGGCUACCGAAAUUUUCGAUGCCCUUAAGAGCGACAACAUUGGCUCAACUUAUUUCGUCAAUAUGCCCGUGGUCAGCUGGGAUGAAGCUCCUGGUAUUGGAACAGGCAAGUUCCAAUACGCUCUCUGGACUCCAGAGGGCUAUUUCCUCAAUAUUCUCGCGCAUUAUGUGAACACUCUCCAUGGAUGGCCUUACGACAGCAUGUGGUAA